UUAAAAAAACCAAGAGUCUGCGGUGAAAUACUCGGAAGGAACUGUUAAAAAAAACAGCUCUUCUGACAAACAACCGAGCACCUCGCUUACUUAUUAUUUCAGCUAAGCACCAAAAAAGGGGGCUUAGUCAGGAUUUCAUUCCAGUCAUUCCGCGAAGACCUCGCAUCUCGUCCAUCGUCGUAGUUAAAUAGAUCAGUUUUUGCAUUCACAUUGGGAAGGAAAUUUUGUUUUUAACAAAACUUCAUAAAAAACAGUGACACUGAUGUAAUGAGUCUCAAAGCUCUGAAAGAAUUUGAAGUUUCUUUCGAUACGCUCGGAGAUCCAGAAGAUGCCCUCGGCUUAAGUCACACACGAAAAUGGCUCAUAGUGAUUGUGGUUUCUAUGACCUCUGUUUGUAUAACCUCUAUCUCGUCUGUAUGGUCAUUAGCUACUGAGUUUAUUAUGUCUGACUAUGGAGUGUCUCAUGAAGUCUCCACCCUAGGGAUUUCAUUAUACAUUUGGUUUCUUGGGACUGGUGGUAUCUUCCUUUCUCCUAUUUCAGAAUUCCACGGAAGAAAAAUAGUGUAUGUAUCUGGCCUUUUUGUUGUAUUUGCUUUCCAGUUCGUUCCCGCAUUCAGUUCAAGCUUUGGGUUUGUUCUAUUUUCAAGAGCUAUUGCAGGGUUCUUCGCUUCCUCGUUUAUGUCAGUUGCUAGUGGUACGUUUUCUGAUUUAUUUACGAAGGCAGAACGAACUGCUCAUUUCAAACACGAUCAAGACAAGGAGUUAAGUAAAGCUCUAAUAUUAUACUCGGUUUCUCCUUUCCUUGGUCCGGGCUUAGGCCCUCUUAUCUCAGGUUUGAUUUGUCAGCAUAUUGAUUACCGAUGGCAGUUUAAGAUAAUGUGUAUUUGGUCUGGAUUGAUGACAGUUUUAGUACUUCUUUUUGUUCCUGAAACCUAUGAGCCUAUCCUUCUUAAGAAGAAAGCCAAGCGACUCAGAAAGAGUACGGGUGACCAAAGAUACUUUGCCCCGAUUGAGAUGAAAAAUACUUCACUUUAUGAAAGUAUUGUAGUAUCUUCAAAACGGCCUCUUUUGCUCAUUUUCAAAGACCAUAUGACUAUGGCUUUAUGUUUUUACUCGGGCUUCAUCUUAGCCAUCAUUUACAUGUUUUUUGUUUCUUUUCCCUACAUUUUGAGUACUGUUUACCAGUUUAAUAUUCAGGACCAGGGUCUUGGAUUCAUCGGGCUUAUUUUGGGAUUGAGUUUGACUGCCCUAAUAAGUCCUACCUUAAUUAAUAAAUGGCAUGCCCGGCUCAUCGCCAAAAAUGGAGGCGUUCAUGUGACAGAGUUCAGGUUCUUGCCUGUAAUGGUAGGUGUCUUUGUCGCGCCCAUAGGACUAUUCAUAAUCGCUUGGACGUCAUAUCCUGAUUUACAUUGGAUCGGACCAAUAUUUGGCUCCUUCGUUUACGGUAUUGGCACUAUUCUCAUCUUUAAUGGAAUUUUUGCAUACACAGUGGAAGCGUACCGCAAAUACACUGCAUCCGCCAUGGCCACGAAUUCGUUUGUGCGUUCAAUUAUGUCAGGCAUUUUUCCGCUAUUUGGCUUGCGCAUGUAUGAAGCCAUGGGAAUUCACUGGGCCACCACACUUUUAGCAUUAUUUGCAUGCAUAUUGAUACCGAUCCCAUUUCUACUUUUUAGAUAUGGAGCUAGAUUUCGGGCCAAGAGCCCGUAUACGUGGUCCGAAGACUGAUUAAUGUUCGAUAUAGCCUCAUUUGAUUCAUACUCCAUGCCUGAACCUGUCCGACUCGCGACGUGCGAAAAAUUCCAUCAGGUUCCGCGAGCUUGCGAACCUGGAUCCAAUCUCGGACAUAUAAGCCGUGACAGCACGCUUGCAGAAGCACUCUCC